AUGGACGAUGUUAAUCUGGCACGACUGGGGAAGAGGCCGGUUUUGAAGCGGAAUUUUGGCUUCCUGUCGAUGCUGGGAUUUAGCUGUACUAUCCUGAUUACUUGGGAGGGUAUUGUCGUACUAUUUCUACAGGCAUUUCAAAAUGGUGGCCCAGCAGGUGCUGUAUAUGGCUUCAUCUUUGUCUGGGCUGGUGUUGCGGCGACCUUUGCUGUUCUAUCAGAGCUGGCAUCCAUGGCACCAACAUCCGGAGGACAGUAUCAUUGGUGUUCAAUGCUGGCUCCUCCAUCUACAAUGAAACUUGUCAGUUAUAUAACAGGCUGGCUCACAGUCAUCGGAUGGCAAGCAACAUUUGCAACCUCAUGCUUUCUAGCUGGAACUCUUAUCCAAGGUCUGAUUGUUCUCACUAAUACUGACUAUCAGCCUAAACCAUGGCAUGGGACUCUUCUUUUCUGGGCUGUUGCCGUAUUCUCCCUGGUAAUCAACAGUGUAGGAGGAAAGCUUCUACCUCGAUUUGAAGGAUUGAUUCUGGUUCUCCAUAUUCUUGGUUUUAUCGCUAUCAUUGCCCCUGUUACGGCGAUGGCUGAACAUACCAGCGGAAAAGAGGUUUUUACCACGUUCUUGAAUAUGGGAGAAUGGCCUAGGCAAGGUUUAUCAUUCUUCGUUGGCCUAAUGGGGUGUGUAUUUGCAUUUGCUGGUGGUGAUGCUGCAGUUCAUAUGUCUGAGGAAAUCGACAACGCACCAGUCGUCGUCCCUCGUUCGAUCAUGUUAAGCGUUUUGAUAAACGGAGCACUCGGAUUCAGCAUGUUGAUCGCCAUGCUCUUCUCUCUUGGUGAUAUUGAUACUGCUCUCGAUUCUCCGACUGGAUACCCUUUUAUGCAGAUAUUUUUGCAAGCUACUGGUUCUGUGGCUGGAACGACUGUGCUAUGCUCUAUUAUUACUAUCAUGGGAAUGUGCACUUCUGUGGGUAUGUUGGCCUCUACUUCUCGACAGUUUUGGUCUUUUGCGAGGGAUCGAGGGAUUCCAGGCUGGAAAUUGUGGAGUGAGGUCACUUCUACUGCAAUUCCCAUCUACUCCGUCGCUCUCACGACCACCAUCGCCUGUCUUCUCGCGCUUAUUAACAUCGGCUCUGAAGUAGCCUUCAACGACCUCGUCUCCAUGUCUAUAUCCGGCUUGUAUCUGUCCUACCUCGUCGUCGCCAUUCUCCUCCUCUAUAGACGCUGCACCUCCGGAAUCCAAACACCCAAAAGCAACAGCAACACAACCAUCGUCAAUACCGCCGGCGCCCAACUCGUCUGGGGCCCAUUCCAUCUUCCAUCCAUUUGGGGCAUCGCAGUUAAUACGUUCUCUAUCAUCUACAUGGUGAUAGUUAUCUUCUUUAGCUUCUGGCCCCCAGACAAGGAUGUUACCAUCCAAACGAUGAACUUUAGCGUUGUCGGGACUAUGGGGGUUGUUAUUCUCAGCCUUGUAUAUUAUUUCCUCCGUGCAAGACGGGGCUAUCAAGGGCCUGUUGUGGAGAUAGUUUAUACUUGA